AUGGGACUUCACGUGGGAUUACCACGUUCCGGUAAGGGAAAAUCAUACAUACUGGAAGCAACCGACUGUUUUAGUAGGUGGACCGAGGCUUACCCCCUAGGCACAGCAACCUCUAAAACAAUAAUCGAAACGCUAGAACGUGAGUUCUUCUCACGUUUCGGUUACCCGCACGUGUGUCUCAGUGAUAACGGCCCCCAAUUUGUGUCGAACGAAAUGUUAAACGCGUUAGAACGUUGGGGAACACAGGGUUGGACAACUCCAAUUUACCAUCCGAGGGCCAACCCAGUCGAAMGCCGAAAUCAGGAUUUGAAAAAAGGUUUGCGCGCACAGCUCGUCGAUGGUAACCACAAAUCCUGGGACACAAAACUACCCGCAAUUUUAUUUUCGAUACGGAACAGGUGUAACGAACAGACGGGCUUCCCACCUGCGGUCCUAGUUCUCGGCAGGGAAUGCAAGAGACCCGGAGAUUGGGCGCUAUCAAGUUCAACACCGGACAGUAUCGGAAAAACACAGGAAGAGAGGGUAGUGCGGGAGCAACARGUUCUAGGCAAAAAGUUAGGGGYACAACCGAGCGCGAACAUCGGGACACCGGGAAAGUUCCGCAAGGGCGAUGUAGUUUAMUACAAAGCACACCACCUAUCAAAAGCACAUUGUAAUUUUCACGCCAGAUUCRCACCGAAAUGGUGGGGACCGGUAGGAUUGGCGAAGCAAGUCGGAAAAGGAGUUUUCCUAACCGACCAACAAACACCGCGAAAAAUACACGUGUCAUACCUAAAACGCGCGCCCACAGAGCAAAGUUAA